CAUCAGUUACAUCAUGCCCCUUCUGGUGGUAAACUUGUGCCAUCAGAUCCGAAUUUUGAUGAAAAUUAUGUUGGACCACCGAGUGGCGAUAGUGAAAGUGGUGAAUGUGAGGAAAUCAAUGAAGAAGAGGAAGUGCUUGGUAGUGACGAUGAAGAACAAGAAGAUCCAAAAGAUUAUCGGCGAGGUGGAUAUCAUCCAGUCACGAUUGGAGAUGUUUUUAAUGGACGCUAUCAUGCUUUGAGAAAAAUGGGUUGGGGUCAUUUUUCGACAGUUUGGUUGUGUUGGGACACUGUAAUGAUGAGAUUUGUAGCGAUGAAGAUUGUUAAAUCAGCUGGACAUUAUACGGAAGCUGCUCUUGAUGAAAUUAAACUUUUGAUGUCAGUACGUAAUGCUGAUGAAAAUGACGAAUUUCGUGAACGAGUUGUGCAACUUUUGGAUGAAUUUUCUGUCACUGGUCCAAAUGGUACACAUAUUUGUAUGGUUUUCGAGGUUCUUGGUUGCAAUUUACUGAAAUUAAUUAUUAGAACUGAUUAUCAAGGAUUACCAUUGGAAUUGGUACGUGUUAUUACAAGGCAGGUUCUUGAGGGUCUGCAAUAUUUGCAUGAAAAGUGUAAUAUUAUUCAUACAGAUAUAAAGCCUGAAAAUGUUCUUAUUACAAUGGAUCAUGAAGACAUCAAAAAGAUGGCUGCUGAAGCAUUAUAUGCUGAAAAAUUUGGCAUUCAGAUGUCAGGGAGCGCUGUAAGUACAGUGCCGGCGCAUGUAUUGAAAAAAUACGAAGAAUCAAUGUCAAAAAAUAGAAGAAAAAAACUCAAAAAAAAGCGAAAAAAGCAACGAGAACUGUUGGAAUUACAACUAAGUCAAGUAGAAGGUCUCUCAGUUGAUAUAUCAACUGCUAAUGGCCCAAUGAAAUCAACAAGUAUUAACGGUCCUAAGCAUCACCAUUUUACCGAAGAUAUUCAAACACGUCAAUAUCGAAGUCUAGAAGUUUUAAUUGGUGCUGGAUAUGGUCCUCCUGCCGAUAUUUGGAGCACUGCAUGCAUGGCAUUUGAACUGGCGACAGGCGAUUAUUUGUUUGAGCCUCAUAGCGGAGAUACCUAUAGCAGGGAUGAAGAUCACUUAGCACAUAUAAUCGAGUUACUAGGUUCAAUUUCUCCUAGAGUAUAUAAGAAAGGUGAACAUUGGCGAAACUUUUUUGAUAAGAGCGGUAGGCUAUUGCAUAUAACCCAGCUCAAGCCAUGGCCACUAGUAGAAGUAUUAAUGCAAAAAUACGAAUGGCCACUGGAACAUGCUGCACAGUUUGCUUCUUUUUUGAUACCUAUGCUUGCUUUUGACCAAGAAGAAAGAGCCACUGCGCGGCAAUGUCUACAGCAUGAUUGGUUGAAGCCUUUUGGUGGAAAAAAUCCACGAAUUAGAAAAAAUCUUUCAUUGGUGAAUCGCGAUUAUGUUGGAUAUAAUUCAACUAUUCGUAUUGAAAAUGAUUCGGACGAUAAAAUCAAAGAAAUUGGUAAUAGCGAUGCUAUCCAGUUAAGUUCUCUUAGUAUUGAAUCUCAGAUCGAUGAUGGCGAGAUGUGA